AUGAUCCUGAGACGGCCUCUAUUAAAAAUAGUAUUCGCUUUCUGCGCAAUUUAUUUAGCAGUGACAGUUUACAGCAGUGUAUUCGUCGCCCGGCUUACUCAAACCCGUGGACCCCAAAUCCAAGUCCCCGGAGCUGCGACGCCCCACAGCGCGAGCUGGAAAACAUGGUUCCAUCCUCUCCAGGCCCAGCCAAAUGCGACCAGGGAAUCCAGCGAGGAAUGGUAUCUGUUCCAGCACCUAGGGGGAAACGGCCCCUGGAUUGAGAAAUCAGGAUCAAAUGAUGAGUUGUCCAUUGCACCUCCCAAGGGGUGCUCGGUUGACCAAGUGCAUAUGAUAUCGCGACAUGGAGAGAGGUACCCGACACCAUCUGCAGGCAACCGUCAUCUGCAGCUCCUCGAGCGCAUUACAGCACUCAAAGUACCAUUGAAUGGCUCGCUAUCAUUCCUCAACAACUGGACUUACUUCACCGAUGACCCCUCCAAGGACUUUGGUCAGCUCACCAGCACCGGGCCUUAUGCAGGCAUCUUAGGUGCAUUCACCACGGGAGUCAGAUUUCGCACCCGAUAUGCCAAUCUACUACCCAAGGACUCGAUCACCCGUUUCUGGGCUAGCGACUCCCAGCGCGUCAUAGAAACAGCCCGAUAUUUCGCUUCUGGGUUAUUCGGGCUCGAAUGGGAAAGCCACAAAAAUGCAGUGCUAGAGAUAAUUCCGGAGACGUUUGAGCGAGGCGCGGAUACCCUGACACCGGGCGAAACGUGCCGUAAUUAUGUUGAGGACAAGUCGCAUGGCCAUGAUCUGGGUGCUAGACAGUUGGCUUUAUUUCAGGAUUGGUACAUUCCCGGUAUCGCUCAGCGCCUACUGAAAGAUAACCCUGCUUUGGGUUCGUUGGCCAAUAUGGAAGUUUACGGUAUGCAAGAGAUGUGUGGAUCUGAGACUAUGGUUCGUGGAUCUAGUCUCUGGUGUGAUGUGUUUACCAGGGAAGACUGGGAUCACUUUGAAUAUGCCCGUGACUUGUUGCACUAUUACCGUGCUGGGCCAGGAAAUGCAUAUGCUCGGGCGAUGGGAUGGCUCUGGUUGAAUGCAACGUCUACCUUGUUGCAGAAAGGAAUUGAAGCAGGGACAAUGUUUUUGAGUUUGUAG